CGGCAUAUUCCUCGUCACAUGAGCCCGUGUCAAGCCCAAGUACAACUGGAUAACUAAUUGUGCAAAGUAUUACUAAUUAAGGUUGUGCAGGACAUGCCAAGACCCUGACUCAGCUCCACAGUUUUUCCUUAUCGAUAAGAAAGUCGCCAUCCGGCAUCGGGACUUGCCUAUCGAUAAGAAAAUUGCGUGAUUGCGUGCUCUCCGCUAGGCCGCUUUGGGCAAGAUGCCCUGGGGGUUUUCUAUACUUAUGGGUUUCCAGUCACUCCCCCUCUCUUUCCUCCACAUUAAUCCUUUUGUUUGUGGUGAUAUCCUUCUUGUCCAUUGUAGAUAUUGCUGCUGUGGUCGCAAUAUCAGACAAGAACAAAUAAUCACGAUGGGUGCGACGAAUCCGGCUCUGUCUGCCCUCUCCGGCCCUACGUAUACCACCGCCCAGACCCUCAUUCAGCAGGUGGCGUAUCUUCUGAGCGACAAGAUCUUCUCUUACUCCCCAGAGACCUUCGACCUUGAUGCUGCUUUGCGUGAGUGGUCAGCAGCCCAGGAGACCAAGACCAAUGGCGAAUCUCCCGUUGUCAAGGCCCUCGAGACCCGCCAGGGUGCCGGAAACCUGGCCCUAGGUUAUCUGUUCUCCCAGGACUUUGACCUGAAGAAGCGCCACGUUCCCCAGGGCAUUGUCGCUUCCUCUGCUACCCUUCCCUAUAUGCGCUCUGCGUUGGAGCAGCUCUCUCUGCUGUACUCCGUUGCCAGCCCAGUGGCUGCGCACGUCGCCGCCGUUGACUACACUAGCGAGGACGGCCUCGUUUCCGACUAUGCUUCGGCUCUUUCUCUCGCUGAGGAUCUCGGCUUGGGUCUGAUCUCCAGCGGCUCCGCUCACGAGUCCCAGCACAUGGCCCUCUUUACCACUCUGCUUGCAUCCGUCUUGCCCUCCAUUCACAUCUAUGAUGGUGUUCGUGUCGGCCGUGAGACCACGCGUGUCAUUGAUGUCCUAGACAAGGAGGGUCUGUCUCGCACUUACGAGAAUGUUCGCAAGUCUCUUGAUGACUCUCGCAACCGCCACCUCGAUGCUCAGGGCAAGCUCUUGGAGCUUCUGAAGAAUCUUAACGGCGAGCUUGGCACUGACUACGGUGCUUUUGAGUACCACGGUCACGCCGAGCCCGUUUCCGUUCUCGUUGUUUUCGGUACCGUUGAGGCUGCUCUUGCUGCUCAGGUUGCUCGCUCUCUGGCCAAGGAUGGCGUGCACAUCGGUGUUGUCAAUGUCCGUGUCUACCGCCCCUUCGUCGAGGAGGAGUUCCUGCGUGUCCUUCCCCAGUCCACCAAGACCGUCGGUGUUCUUGGCCAGGUUGCCAGUGAGCAGGCCGUCCAGGAGGAUGGUGUUCACUCUACCCUGUACGAGGAUGUUCUUGCCGCUCUGACCUUUGCCACCGGCCGCGAGCACGCCCCGUCCACCGUUGAGAUCAAGUACUCUCGCUCUCAGCGCUGGGACCUGAUCAACAUUGCUGCUGCAUUCCAGCGCAUCUUCGACAAGCCUAUCCUGCCCGUUGACAGCGCCACCAACGAGGCCGCUCCUCUGCAGCUCCUGGACCCUGCCACCGUCCAGGAGUACACCUUCUGGGAUGUUGACAACUCUGUUGCCGAGGAGGCUUCUCUUACCCUCAGCCAGGCUCUUGCCGCGGACUCCGCAAGCAAUGUCACCGUCAGCAAGGUUCAUGACAACCUAGUCCAGGGCGGUGUCAUCCGCGUUGACAUUCGCAAGAGUGCUAAGAUCAUCAACGCUCCUUAUGCCGUCACUGCUGCCGAUGUUUCCUACAUUGGAAACAUUGCCCUGCUCAACGACGUUGAUGUCCUUGCUUCCGUCAAGGACAAUGCUAAGGUUAUCAUCAGCGCUCCUGGCGUCAAGGACGAAGAUCUCGAGAAGAAGCUGCCUGCCGCUUUCCGCCAGGCUGUCGCUCAGCGCGGUAUCUCUCUCUUCGUUGUCGACUCCUCGGCUGUUGAGGACUCUUCUCUGGAGACCGUGAUUCUGCAGGCUUCCUUCAUCCGCGUUGCCCUUCCCACUCAGGAGGGCAUUGCUACCAAGAAGCUGGCUUCCAUCUCCGCCAACGCCGAGACCUUGGAGACUGUGACCAAGGACCUCGAGAAGGUCUUGCGCCAAAUCGAGGUUCCUGAGUCCUGGAAGGAGCCCGAGAGUGUCACCGAGAUCGCUGAGCUCCCCAAGGACAUCUCUGCCAACAGCUUUGUCUUCUUCGACAAGGACGACUCCGAGCCCCCAACUCUGCUCAAGGACUGGGAGACUGCUGCCCGUGGUCUGGCCUUCAAGGAGGCCUUUGACACCACGAGCGCUCUCCGCCCUGACCUGGCCACCAAGACCUUCACCGUUCACGUCAAGGAGAACCGCCGCCUCACCCCCGUCACCUAUGACCGCAACAUCUUCCACAUUGAGUUCGAUCUUGGUGACUCUGGUCUCACCUAUGACAUUGGUGAGGCCCUGGGUGUCCACGCUGAGAACGAUCCCGAGGAUGUUGCCAAGUUCAUUGAGUUCUACGGAUUGGACCCCGAUGCGAUUGUUGAGGUCUCCAGCCGUGAGGACCCUGCUGUCCUCGAGAACCGCACUGUCUACCAGGCCCUUGUGCAGAAUGUCGACAUCUUCGGUCGCCCGCCCAAGCGCUUCUAUGAGGCUCUGGCUGAGUUCGCCACCGACGAGAAGGAGAAGACUGAUCUCCUCACCCUCGGUGGUCCCACCGGUGCCGAUGAGUUCAAGCGUCGUGCCGAGGUCGACACCAUCACCUUCGCCGAUGUGCUGCUCGAGUACCCCUCUGCUCACCCCGACUUCCACGAGAUUGUCCGUAUUGUCGGUCCUCUGAAGCGCCGUGAGUACUCCAUCGCCUCGUGCCAGAAGGUCAGCCCAACCAUCGUCGCUCUGAUGAUUGUCGCUGUCGGCUGGACCGACCCCAAGGGCCGCGACCGCUUCGGUCUGGCUACUCGCUACCUGAGCCGCCUGCAACCCGGCACUCCGGUCAGCGUCAGCGUCAAGUCCAGUGUCAUGAAGCUGCCCCCCAAGUCGACCCAGCCUCUCAUCAUGGCUGGUCUGGGUACCGGUCUUGCUCCCUUCCGUGCCUUCAUCCAGCACCGCGCUCUCGAGAAGGCCCAGGGCAAGGAGAUUGGUUCCGUCCUGCUGUACAUGGGCUCCCGUCACCAGCGCGAGGAAUACUGCUACGGUGAGGAGUGGGAGGCCUACCAGGCCGCCGGUGUCAUCACCCUCCUUGGUGCAGCCUUCUCUCGUGAUCAGCCCGAGAAGAUCUACAUCCAGGACCGCAUGCGCCAGUCUCUUCCCGAGAUUGUCAAGGCAUACAUCCGUGAGGAGGGUGCUUUCUACCUGUGCGGCCCCACCUGGCCCGUUCCCGAUGUCACUGCUGUCUUGGAGGAGGCUAUUGCCACCGAGGCCAAGGCCAAUGGCAAGAAGGUCGAUACCCGCAAGGAGAUUGAGAAGCUCAAGGAUGAGGAGCGCUAUGUUCUGGAGGUGUACUAGACGUGUUGUGUUGGCAUUAUGAUCUGAUGAUGAGCUUUUUCAGUUGCUACCUAUUCCCCCGCUUUACCCCUUAGAUCCUCAUGAUUUGGCCUAGCGAAUCUGCCGUUUCAUAGACUUCAAAAUGCAUCUAAGAUUUUUGACUUCUU